GCCGCCGCCGCCCGCGAGGCCCCCGCCGGAGCCAGAGACGCGAGGCAGCCGGAGAGGGAGCGAGGCCGCCGGCGCCCCCCCGCCGCUUUGUUCCCUUUUCUGCAGCUUCUGCUUUGCGCCCUCGCUUUGCGCGCGCCUUUCACUUUCCCCGCCGCGCUUGCUCUCGCCACGCACUGCCAGGACGCGCCUCCCCGCGCCGACUCUUUCCAGCCCGCGUUGCCUCCCUCUCUGCAACCCCCUUGCCAGCCCCCUGUCCCCGCUCCCUCCCAGCCUGCUUUCUUUCCCAACAGCCUUUCGAAAAACGUCCCGUUCCGUCCACCUCUCCAACAUCCUUCGACGCCUCCCUCGGCCCCGCUUUGCGCCCCUGGUUCCCUCCUGCUCCUCCAACACCCUCGCGCGCUCCCGCUCUCCUGCCCCGCUUCCUCCGACGAGCCUGAGUUCCCAUCCCCUCGCCGAACUUCGCCCCCCUCCCCCGGCCUGCGCCAUGCCGCUCGGCGCUGCGCCCCAGACGGAGGUCUUCCCCUGGGAGCGGGUCGUCGUCCUGGCCUCCUGCGCCCUCUCCUUCCUGGGCUGCUGCCUCCUGGUGGGCACACACGCCCUGUGGCCCGAGCUCCGCACCCGGCCACGCCAGCUGCUGCUCUGCCUCUCCCUGGCCGACCUCCUCUCGGCCGCCUCCUACUUCUACGGGGUGCUGAUGGAUUUUGGGGCGUCGUCCUGGGACUGCGUGGCGCAGGGCGCCGUCUCCACCUUCUCCAACACCAGCUCCUUCUUCUGGACCAUGGCGAUCGCGCUCUUCCUGUACAUCACCAUCGUCCGCGGCUUGCCCACCGGCACGGGGCUCCUCAGUCUCUUCCAUGUGGUGAGCUGGGGGAUUCCGCUCAGCAUCACGGCAGCUGCCGUUGCCCUAAAGAAAAUAGGCUACGAUGCCUCGGACAUCUCUGUCGGCUGGUGCUGGGUCAACAUUGACGCUGAGGACCGGGUGCUUUGGAUGCUGCUCACGGGGAAGUUGUGGGAGAUCCUGGCCUACCUGACCUUGCCUGUCUUCUACAUCCUCAUAAGGAAGCACAUCAGCCGAGCGCAUGCCGCACUCUCGGAGUACCGUCCCCUCUUGCUGAGGGGCCCAGCUUUGCAGCCGAGAACGUCUGUUGCGGAUAAGAAGUUGAUUCUGAUCCCGGUAAUAUUCAUCUGUCUCCGCAUCUGGAGCACCGUCCGGUUCGUGCUGACGCUCUGUGGCUCCCCAGCCGUUCAGAACCCGCUGCUGGUGGUCCUACACGGCAUCGGGAACACGUUCCAAGGAGGCGCCAAUUGCAUCUUGUUCGUUCUGUGCACGCGGGUGGUCCGGGAGAAGCUGCUCUCCUCCGUGUGUUGCUGGCACCGCAGCCACCCUGACCGUUCCCCGCCGAGCCCGGAGUCACACUCCCAAGCUCGGGAGCCGUCAUCCCUCAAGGACUGGGAAGUGCGUGAGAGCGUGAGAGCCGAGUUUUCAAGCACCUGACAUCCGAAGAGCCCGCUUUUCAGAGAAGGACCUGGCCUUACCCAGUAAGGAUUUCAGCGUCAGGGAACAGAAACAUAACGAAGCAGCUGCAGAGGGAACUUCUGCCUUGAGGAAGGCAGGCAGCAAGUGUUCAUUUGGAUCCGUCGUGGGCAAAGGAUAAUAGUGCCCCUGUGACAGAGCUCUUGGGAAUGCCGUCCCUUUUCCAGCUUUCUCAUUUCGCAGGGUUUUGGGAAGAUGCUGAAACUGACUCUUUCUAGCUUUCCGUUUUAUGAGCUGUCCAGGAAUGGAACACUGUUUGUUUUUUAGAAACUUGCAGGACGCUUAAAUCCUUAGAAAGGACAUUUUGCAGGACUGGGUGAGAAGGAAGAAGUGUGGAGUUUUAAGUUCCUGUAAAGCAUUUCAUGAUUUUAAGAGAGCUUUUUUACUUGAGGUGGCUGAGAUGGAGGAGACAAGAAUUCUUCAUGUUAGGAAUCUGAUCUUGUUGCAGAAAUUCUCAGUCUUUGGGUGUUUGAAUAUAACAGGAGCGUUGUAGAAAUUCACAAUCUUUGUGUGUAUGAAUGUAACAGCAGUGCAACAGAGACUGAAGUAGCAUUCUUGGCUGUGAUGACACUGUCCUUGCGUGAGAAGUCGGACAUGCACUGAGAAUUCGUGGGUAUCUAAGUUUGUGCGUAAGCGUCUGCUGUGGAAUCCAGGCGGGAUCGGUGUGGGAAUGGGGAUCGGUGUGGGGAUGCGUCGGGAGGACAAAUGAUAAAGAGUUUGCUCUUAAAGGUAUAAACAUGUUUGGUGGUGAGUGGGAAUGCUGGUCUCCUGGAGGGCAGGAAUUCUUCGCCCUUGUUUGUGUGCCCGCUUCAAUAAAGAGCUUUUCUGGUAGACCUCA